AUGAAACUAGAACAAGAAAAAAGAUUGUACAAAAAACUACAAGAACUAGAAGUUGAGAAGAACCAAAAUUCUACUAGAAACGUGUCGUUACGAUUGAGUAAUUUAACUAACCGCGGAACACAGUCGAAAGUUGUCAAUUUAUCAUCGACAGUUCUGAACAAAGAUGAGGAAUGUCUAUUGGGUUUGGGUUUAAGUUAUAUUCCUACCAGUAAAGUAGAUUCAACAAAGUACGUUGCUAAAUCGAUUGCAGGUGUAGAAUCGGGGAUUUACAAAUAUGCUCCAGUAAUUAAAGAAAAGAUUGUAACGUCCGUUAGAAAUACCAUAGAUAAUCACUUAAAACAGUUAUUUGCACAACAUCGGAAAAAUAAAAAUCUUACAAAAGAACAAUAUUUGGCUAUUAAAAAUUUAAAAGAUGAUGAUUACAUUAUUGUUGUACCUGCAGAUAAAGGGGGAAAACUUGUAGUCAUGGAAGUGAAUGAUUAUAUAGAAAAGAUUGAAAGUAAAUUAAAUUCUCCGAAUUAUACAAAAUUGAAUGACGACUCAACAGAAAGCAUUCAUAAGGAAUUAUCCAUUAUUUGAAAUGAAAUGUUAGACAAAGGUGAAUUAGGAGAAAAAGAAGUCCCUUAUUCCUUAUCGUGUCACCAGUUAGCGUUCGUGAGAGGUCAGCCGAAGGUUCAUAAAGAUAACUCCAUGAGAUUAAUCGUAGCGAUGAGAGAUACCAUUGAUCAUAUUUAGCAAAGUAUCUAAAAGCCACCCUAAAACCUAUCGGUGAUAAAUCAAAAUCGAUCAUAAAUACUAAUGAUUCCAUUAAAAAGAUGAAUAAAAUAAAAACUACAAAAAAGACAAUGCUAAGCAGUUUAGAUGUUACAGACUUAUUUACAUCUAUUGAUAAAAACGUGGCAUUAAAUCUAUUGGAAAAACAGUUGAAACCGGAUAAAAGUUGAAACGUGAAAGAAAACGUAAGAAAGUAAAAACGUGAAGAUCUUGUGCGGCCUCAACGACUUCAUCAGGGAAAACCAUGUAUACCUUGUGCAGAAGAUGCAGUCAAUAUUGAUUUUCUAUUCCGGAAACAUUCAUAUGUUAUCAAGAAUUUGGCGUUUGGGCACAAGAUCUUCACGCUUUUUCGUGAAGAAGUUGGUGCUUCUGCAGAAGAACUGCAUUUGCUUUUCCUGAACAAAUGGGUGCACAAGUGUAGCACGAGAUCGGUGAAUUUUAAACAAGGGGGAAACAGCGGAUCAGCAGUUACAAUUUAUUACUAGAUAAAUAAAUUGCGCCGUUUCUAGAAUAAAUGGCGUACCCAGAGUAUUUCUAGAAUAAAUGGCUCCCUAUCGUGGAAAGAAAAAAUGUGUUCUAGGAGAGACUCUUCAGCAUAAAUGGCGAUUUUUCUACCAUAAAUGACUGUGCCAUUUAUUAACCUCUAGCAUAAAUGGCAUCGCCAUUUAUUACUCUCCAGCAUUACAGAAACAAAGGCUAUUUUAUAUCGCUCAACAUUGAAGGACAGAUUAAGUCAGGCGGUUUGAUAUUAGAGAGAGACUUGUACAAGGACAGAAAUUUUUUAGUCAUUCUUUGUAUUUUCUCGUCUCCUGUUCGCGUAAGCUAUAGGCGGGCCUUUUCGAUAAAAUCAUGUUUCGGUAAAAUGCUUCUUCGGCAAAAUGAUUUUGGACAAACUGUUUUUGUGCGAAAAGUUAAUGAACUAGUGACCACUCUCCCCUCGAUGUUUCCGAGAAUUCGAGAAGCGAAGUACUAAUGUUGAGUGGAUGAUGAAAAAGAGAUUAUUGAAAGGGGAGAUACUGUAAUUUCGUAUUUUAUUAAAAUAGUUUAAAAAUAUUCAAAAGAUAUAUUUAAGACAAUCAAACGUGUCGACCUCUUUUAAAUUGAGAUGUACUUCAAUGAACUUAAUAAAAUAUGUAUAUAAAAUAUAUAAAAAUAAAACUGCAGUUAAAAUUGUUAUAUAUAACGUGUGUAUUUUAGAUUGUAGCGUGACUGCUUCAACUUAUUUCUGUAUUGUUGCUGGUCUAUUUUUCUUUUCUUUUUCCUUUUUCGUUUUAUUCUGUUUCGAGAUUUAGCUAUUGAUUUUAUCUCUCUCUCUCUCUCUCUCUUUCGGAAACAAUGGUUUUCACGAUUUUUUAUUUUUAAAAAAUCAUGAUAAAAAUUAAAGAAAAUUGUGGUAAAAGUUUUAAAAAAUUAUGAUAAAAAUUUAAAAAGUUAUGGUAAAAAUAAAGAAAAUUGUGGUAAAAGUUUAAAAAGUUUAAACAAUUAUGAUAAAAAUUUAACAAUUUUCCAACAAAAUUUAACAAAUUAAACAAACAUUAAUUAAAUUGAUUAAAAUUAAAUUAACAAAACAAAACGAAUUCAACAGACAACUUUUUUUCUCCUUUUUCAAAAAACUAUUAAAACUAUUUAAAAAACAGCUGGGGUUGUUUUUCCC